AUGAUAUGCUCAGUGACAUUCCCCGUCCAUAAUGUGGUCAGUGUCAUCUUCCGUCCAUGUUUGCUCAGUGUCAUUCUCCGUCCAUGGUUUGCUCAAUGUCAUUCUCCUUCCACGGUAUGCACAGUUUCAUUCUCCUUCCAUGGUAUGAUCAGUGUCAUUCUCCGUCCAUGUGACAUUCUCCGUCGACGGUAUGAUCUAUGUCAUUCUCCGUCCACGGUAAGCUCAGAGUCAUUCUCCGUCCACGUGUCAUUCUCCGUCCACGAUAAGCUCAGUGUCAUUCUCCUUCCACGGUAUGCUCAGUGUGAUUCUCCGUCCGCGCUAAGCUCAGUCAUUCUCCGUCCAUGGUUUGUUCAGUGUCAUGCUCCGUCCAAGGUAGGCUCAGUGUCAUUCUCCGAAUAUGGUUUGCUCACUUUCAUUCUCCUUCUAUGGUUUGCUCAGUGUCAUUCUGCGUCCACGGUAUCAUUAGUGUCAUUCUCCGUCCAUGAUUUGUUCAGUGUCAUUCUCCGUACACGAUAG